AUGCAUCAAACGGAGAAGCCAAUGCCUGCGAAAGAGGAUGCAAUGAGUGCGAACAAGUCUUGUGAUCUAAACACAAAUGAUAGUAAAUGCGAUGAGUACCAUUAUGAGGAACAGCCGCUGAAUAGAAGAGUGAUAUACGACUGUAUACUGUAUUUGUUGACAAACAUUUUUGAUUGCUUUUUCAGAGAGAUCAGGUCUCGCGGAGGAUUUAAAGUUCCUAAACAGGGUCCUAUCAUAUUCGUUGCGGCACCCCAUGCCAAUCAGUUUGUCGAUCCGGUUAUCUUAAUGGGGCAAGUGAAUAAAGCUGUUAAUAAGCGUGUGUCAUUUCUUAUUGCAGAGAAGUCCUUGAGAAGAAAAGCCGUUGGUUUCUUAGCCGGCUGCGUAAUGUCGAUUGGCGUUGUGAGGGCGCAAGAUAAUCUCAAGCUUGCCAAAGGUAAGAUCACUGUGGAUUCUGAAAACCCACGCCGCAUAAUUGGUCAUGGGACCUCCUUCACCAAAGAGUGUAGCCCCAAAGGCCUAAUUGGCUUACCCAAGUCUAUGGGAUCUGCAGAGAUUCAAUCUAUUGAGAGCGAUACAGCCUUAAUUCUUCGUAAAGAGUUCAAAACAGCAAAACCGGAAGUUAAAAGUGCUUUGUUGAAGGGUACAUCUUUCAAAUAUGCUGACAGAGUUGAUCAAUCGCAAGUUUACCACCGCGUUUUCGAACAUUUGGCGCAUAACCAAUGUAUUGGUAUCUUCCCUGAAGGCGGUUCUCACGAUAGAACGGAUCUUUUGCCAUUGAAAGCCGGUGUUGCCAUCAUGGCAUUGGGUUGCAUGCAAAAACAUCCUGAUAUCAAUGUUAAAAUUGUUCCCUGUGGUAUGAACUAUUUUCAUCCCCACAAAUUCAGAUCUAGAGCUGUUAUUGAAUUUGGUGACCCAAUCGAAAUUUCAACUGAACUAGUAAGUAAGUAUGGAAAUCCUGAUACCAAUAGAGAAGCUGUAAGAGAGUUGUUGGAAACUAUAUCUGGCGGUUUGAAAGCUGUUACCGUAACAUGUACCGAUUAUGAAACUUUGAUGGUUGUUCAGGCGAUGAGGAGGCUUUAUGCAGGUCAAUUAUCUUCUAGACUUCCGCUUCCCUUAGUUGUCGAAAUGAAUAGAAGGUUAGUCAAAGGAUAUCAAAUCUACAGAGAUGACCCUAAAAUUGUUGCUCUAAAGAAGGACAUCAUGCGUUAUAAUGCCCAUUUACGUCAUUACAAUAUUCCGGAUCAUCUUGUUGAACAUGCGCGUAUAAGUCUUGCCAAAAAUUUGAGUUUACUAAUCUUUAGAUCAAUUCGACUAUUGGUAUCAGUCAUUUUGUCUUUACCUGGUAUCAUAAUGUUUUCUCCUGUUUUCAUUGUGGCCAAGAUAAUCUCCCAAAAGAAGGCAAAAGAGGCUCUCGCUGCAUCAACUGUUAAAAUUAGAGCCAACGAUGUUAUUGCAACCUGGAAAAUCUUAAUUGGAAUGGGAUUUGCACCACUACUUUAUAUCGUAUGGUCAGUUUUAUUCUCAUACCAAUUACGUGAACACUUCUCGAGUAAAAUCUUGACGUUUUGUGUCUCCUAUAUCUCAUGUGCGGCUGUUACCUAUUCCGCUUUGAUUAUGGGGGACAUCGGUAUGGAUAUAUUCAAAUCAUUAAGGCCAUUAUAUCUUUCAAUAACGACACCGCAGGCACUAAAAGGUCUACAAAAGGAGCGGGAAUUGUUAGAACAAAGGAUUACAGAAGCGAUUGACACUUUUGGUCCAGAAUUGUUCCCUGAUUUCGAUGCGGAUUCCUUGCGCACUGAAUAUGAGGUGAAUGAAGAGGAUGAAGACAGAAAAACAGCUGAGCUGAAGAGGAGAAGACUACUCAAGAAAAAGAAGACUAGGCAGGUAAGGGAAUCUAAUAAUAUAGUGGUUGAAGGGGACGAAGAUGAAGAUGGGGAACAUGUUGAGAAUAUCCCAAAACUUGGCGAAAGCAGUAGUCAUACUGAUUCAGAUGCCAUUUCACUACUAAACAGUGACAACUCUUUGUCUAAUAUACCAUUUUUUUCUACAACAGGCAACAAGUCCAACAGCUCCUUAUCAAUGGAUACUUCCAGCGGAGAAUCUUCUGGAUAUGAGUUUGUUGUGGAGGAAAAAUCGCAUUUCAAAAACCUCAUAGCAGAUAAGAUAGCACAUGCUGUGUGGGAUAAAAGAGGAGUUGAUAGUGAAAAAACUGAGAAUUGA